AUGAAAGAAGAAAAGAACCUGGUCACUAAUGCGGCCCCGAGAUCUGAACCGCUGCCGAUCCUGAUUAUCGGGGCGGGAAUCAGCGGUCUCAUUCUCGCGCAGUAUCUUCGUCGAUCAGGGAUCGCCUACCAGAUCUUCGAGCGCGAUGCGUCGAUCGGCGCUCGAGCCGGCGGCUGGGGUCUAACUCUGCAUUGGGCACUGCCUGCCCUCUACGAGCUGCUGCCAGAGGACGUCAAGGCCCAGCUCCCGGAGACCUUCGUGAACAAGGAGGCCGUUAGCAACGGCGACAAGGGCCGCUAUCAGUUCUUUGACCUGGCCACGGGGGAGGCGCUGUGCAGCGUCCCUGCUGCGGAGCGCAUCCGAGUGAGUCGCUCACGGUUCAGGCAGCUUCUGACGUCGGGAGUUGACGUUCACUGGUCUAAAACCCUCGAGGACGUCCAGUAUCACGACGAUUCAGUCACGGUCCGCUUCGAAGACGGCACCUCGUACCGUGGCUCUAUCGUAGUCGCCUGCGAUGGCUCGCGUUCUCGUGUCCGCAAGUCUCUGUACCCAUCAAAUUAUCGCAAUGCGCCCCUGCCUAUUCAGUUACUCGGAGCCACGACACGGUACUCGGUCGAGCAAGCGGCUGCCGUGCGAGCCCUGGACCCCUUCUUCUUCCAGGGAACACACUCGAAAUCAAACGUAUAUCUAUAUUUCAGCUUCCUCGACAGUCCCUUCAACUUCGACAACAGUCCGGACGGAUACCUCUGCCAGGUCGUUGUCUCCUGGUCCGACGACAGAGGAAUCGAUAUCCCAGCCGGGACCAAAGAGCGCAUUGCCUUGAUGAAAUCUCUCACAGGAGACUGGGCCGAACCAUUCCGAUCCCUGGUCCACGAUCUGCCCGACGAUGCCGACGUGGUCCCCAUCAAGAUCGAAGAUUGGAUGCAAGAGCAGGAGACAAACAAGCAGCCGCGGGCUGUGCUGCUGGGUGAUUCCGCUCACUCAAUGACCAUGUUUCGCGGAGAAGGCGCAAACAACGCCAUUGUCGACGUGCUUGAUUUCACGAAGAGAGUUGAUUUAGCAUCAAUCAGUCAAUCAUCCUCGGAUUCUAUCCGCGAUAGCAUCAAGGCAUACGAAAAGGAUAUGACGGCGCGAGCUGGCCCGUCCGUCGAGAACUCUCGGAAAGCUUGUCUGGACGCGCACGACUUUUCCAUUAUCAAAGCGGGGAAUAGUCCUCUUGUUGCGCGGAGAGUGCUCAAAUAG